AUGCUAAACAGGGCGGAAAGCAUUGGAGAAGCAGCUCCACUCAAUUCAAUUGGGUCAUCAGUAGUCAUCUCAGAUAAGUCGGUUACAGAGUUUACUCACUCCAACAUCACUACACCACACAGGGAUAAGACAGGGAUUCCGAGAGUCGAAUACCAGAUCAAAAGCAUUCAGGAAGCUCCUUCUCAAGCUUCGAUCACACUCGUUAAGGAAGAACCAAUUGAUCUUACAUCACUUGAUUUCGACGAGGAACUUAUGUCCGUGUCCGAGACCAAGGUUUCCAAAGCUGUAAGACAUGCUGAUUCCACACGAGCUGCGAAGCCAGAAGCCUCUAAAGUUGUGGAUGAAGAAUUGCAGGAACUGGAAGAGUUACAAAAGUUGAGGGAGGAGAAAGAAAAACUUCAGAGAGAUAUUGAGUUGUUGGAGAAGAAACGAAAGAUGGAUGAGAUCACAAAAAAGAUCGAAGAUGCUGAGGCGAGGGCUAAGAGAAUUAAGACUGAGUAG